UCCUGUGGUCAAAGCUAAAUUUUCAGCAUCAUUACUCUUGUCAUCAGUGUCACGUGAUCCUUCAGAAAUCAUUAUAAUAUGCUGAUUUGCUGUUCAGGAGAUAUUAUUUAUAAUUGUUAUUAACAACAUUGAGUACAUUUCACGUUUCAGGAUUCUUUGAUGAAUAGAAAGAUCCAAAGAUUAGCAUUUAUUUGAAAUAAAAGGCUUUACCAUUACAUGAUACGCUUCACCAUUUAAAAGCUUAUAGUCAGUAUAGUGGAGUCAGUUUUUUGGGGGAAAGAAAUGAUAGAAAUUAUUACUUUUAUUUAGCAGGGAUGCUUUAAAUUGCUCAAAAGUGAUAAUAAAGACAUUUAUAAUGUUACAAAAGAUUUCAGAUGAAUGCUGUAACCUGAAAAAAACUCUACUCAACAUAAUAAGCAGCAAGAAUUAUUAUUAGUAUUAGAAUGAUUUCUGAAGGAUCAUGUGAGUGGAGUAAUGAUGGUAAAAAAUUGCCAUUGAAAUCACAGGAAUAAAUUACAUUUUAGAAAACAAACAGGUAUUUUAAAUAGUAAAAAUAUAUAAAAAUAUGUUUAUGUUUUUCUGUAUUUUGGAUCAAAUAAAUGCAGGCUUGGUGAGCAGAAGACACCUCUUUAAAAAUCUGACUGUUCAAAAACUUUUGACUGGUAGUCUAUGUAUGUAUAUAAAGUUGUGAUAUGUAAAUAUGUGUAAAAUAUCAGUGUACUAUCAACACUUUGUUUUGGCUGUUUGUGUUCGAGUAUUUGUCUACUGGUGGUUGAGGUCCGUGUAUUCCGUAACUAAGCACAGAGCGGCAGUGAGGGUGUUUGUGGUGUGGGAUGGGCCGCUGCAGUCGCGCUGUUUCUGAUGGGAGACUCGAGUCGAGCUGCUCAUCCACACACUGGCCGUGUCAUGUCACACGAGGACAGAAAGAAUGCGCUGAUCUCCCCAUCCACGACCCGGCCGACGGACGAGGACAUGUACUAGAGGACCCGCUAUGAAUCGCACUGAGAUGGAGAUGUCAGGGCCAGGUGUGAACCGACACGGUCGUACAGUGAAAAGGAGACGUUGGGGAAGACUGAGGCAGCAAUGGAAACUCCUGGGUCUGUUUGAGAUCGACCAGCAGCAUGAGUUUUACAGUCUCACCUGUAUGAUGAAGGAAGGGCUGUGUGCCGCUGUGCAGAACACCAUUGACAACCCUUUACCUGAUGAGCUGUCUGAGGAUGACUAUAGUCUUGAGGUUACUCAAAUCCAUAAGGACUUCAGGAUGGAGACGUACGCUGGGCCGGUUUUUGCCAGCCUGCGGCGCUCCCUGGGGAUGACAGAGAAGGAAUAUCAGCAGUCUCUCUCCUCCGAAGGCAGCUACCUGCAAUUCAUCAGCAAUUCCAAGAGCAAGGCAGACUUCUUCCUAACUAAUGACAAACGGUUCUUCUUAAAGACACAGAGUAAAAGAGAAGUGCGAUUUCUCUUGUCUAACUUGAGAAUCUACAUAGAACAUUUGGAGAAGUACCCACACUCUCUGCUCGUCAAAUUUUUAGGUGUUCACAGGAUCAAAAUUGCACAUCAGAGAAUGAAGUACUUUAUUGUGAUGCAAAGUGUCUUUUACCCUGAUGACAGAAUCACAGCAAGGUAUGAUAUAAAAGGCUGUGAGGUGAGCCGGUGGACGGACCCAGCGCCUGAAGGAAGCCAGAUCAUUGUUGUUUUGAAGGAUCUUAAUUUUGAAGGACAGUUCAUUCAGUUAGAUCAGCAGCGCCCUUGGCUCGUGCGUCAGGUGGAGAUUGACACUGCCUUUCUUCAGACGCUCAAUGUGCUUGACUACAGCCUCCUGCUGGCCCAGCAGCCCCUGCACCAAGAUGAACUCAGCCAGAGUCUCUCUUUCGCAACACUCAUCAUGCGUGCCAAAAAAUCCUUCUCUUUCUUCUCCAAACGGCCAUUGGCAGGCAGGUCAGUAAAUCCAUCAUCCAGUCCCACGCAUGCCACUUCGCCAACUGUUCCCGGGGUGGUGGCAGAGGAAGACUCCACACUCCUCUCCUCAGAAUUAAACUGUCCAUCAACACAGUGUCACAUAACAGAAAUGCACAGUGGCAAUGGUGAAACGGAUAUCGCAAGUCCUGAGGAAGACAAAGUUGAGCAACCCAGUAGGGUGGGAGCAGAGUCAGCCGAUCUAGAAAUGUUCCAGGCCCAGAACCGGAGACUCCUGCCCAACUUCAGGAACCCGCUUCAUGUCAUUGAUGGACCAGAGCAGCGUUACUUCAUUGGGAUAAUUGACAUCUUCACUGUUUAUGGAUUCAAAAAGAGACUUGAGCAUCUGUGGAAAAGACUGAGACACCCACGACAGUCAUUCUCCACAGUCAGUCCUCCAGCUUAUUGUCACAGGCUGUGCCAGUGGGUUCAGGACCAUACCAAAUAAAAUAAGAGCGCUUGGAUGACAGAUGGACACACUGUUCACACACCUGGCUUUUACAUACCUCAUUAUGUAAACACAGUGGAAAGGAUCUGAAUGUACAUUUAAGGGCGUUUGAACUUUUUUUUUUUAUAGAUUUUUGUUUGAAUACAGACGAUGCUAAUGCAAGUACUUCUUGGAACACUGUAGUUCAUGAAAAAUGCACAAGUUAAAAGUUGUAUUAAUUUAAUAUGGUUACAUAUGUAACAGUGCAAUGACUGUGAAUAGAGAUAAAACCCAUUAUUAAAACAUGAAUAAGGAGAGUGUAACUUUUGAUUUAAGCAUGUUUUAAAAUGAUAAAUGAAUUAUGUAAUACUGGUUACAUAUAUGCCAUUCAUUGAAAAGUACAUUGUUACCAUUUGAUUACCAGCUGCCCAGACAGAAAAGCUUUUAAGAAAUAACAAAGUAUCAACAAAAGCAGGAUCACUUCCUUCCUGCGGUCUGUCACGUUCAAAAACUGUAAUCUGAAACUACAUAAGUGGGCAUUGAAAUGUUUUCAGAAAUAUUUAAGCGGUAUAAUAAAAAGAAUGUUUAA